AUGUUUGAACCAGAAAUAGAUACUUGCCCAUUGAAAAACAGACAUGAAAUAGAACAAAGCAGCUUGUUAGGUGGCAGCAAACGACAAAAAUUAAAACACGGGAAGUAUGAAGAGUUGGAAAAUAUUUUAUUGGAGUGGUUUCAACAAGCUCGUAGUUUAAAUUAUCCAAUAAAUGGAGGUAUAAUCACGGAAAAGGCGAUGGAGAUUGCCGCACGUCUCAACUUAACCGAAUUUAGUGGAUCGACUGGUUGGCUGGAUAGAUUUCGGAGUAGGCAUAGCAUUGUGUACCGGCAAAUAUCAGGUGAGGCUGAAUCUGUUAAUAAUGAUGAUAUAGCUUCAUGGAAAAAUAACGUGUUGCCUUCAUUACUGCGUGACUAUGCUCCUGACGAUGUAUACAACGCUGAUGAAUUCGGAUUGUUUUUUAAGCUUAUGCCAGAUAAGUCUUUUGUUUUUAAAAAUGAGACAUGCCAUGGUGGAAAGUUGAGCAAGGAACGUCUCACGGUUUUAGUAUGUACAAAUUCUACCGGAACCCAUAAAUUGAAGUUGGUCGUCAUUGGAAAAAGUAGGUCUCCUCGCUGUUUCAAAAAUGUUCGUACGUUUCCAUGUGAAUACCUUGCUCAAAGUCGUGCUUGGAUGACAGGAAUACUAUUCAUAAACUGGAUUCAACAGCUAGAUGCAUUUUUCGGUAAACAAAAGAGAAAAAUUAUUCUAUUCGUCGACAAUUGUCCGGCUCACCCUAAAGAUAUCCCUACUACCAAUAUAAAACUUGUUUUCUUUCCACCAAAUACUACAUCUAAGUUACAACCCCUAGAUCAGGGUAUCAUUAAAGUGAUAAAACAAAAGUACCGAAAAAAGUUAGUUCAGCGGUACUUGAGAGACAUGGAGAGUACCAACCAAAUUUCAACUAAAGUUAACGUUUUGGACUCCAUACAUUACGUUAGUGCCGCUUGGGAUGAAAUUAAACCAGAUGUAAUAAUAAACUGUUUUCGGAAAGCUGCAUUUGGUAUGUUGAACAACUCUGAACAGGCUGAUAGCUCACCUUUAAAAGAAGAGGACUUUCAGCUUCUGCAAAAUUUUGCUGAUUAUGCAACAGUAGAUGAUGAACUCGUAACCAGUAGCACUCGGACUUUAGAUGAAAUAAUCGCUGAUACGAACUUAGUGGACAAUGAGAAAGAAGACGACGAUCAAGAAGAAGAAGAUCAAGACUUUCCAGUAUCUACUCCUACAAUAACUACUGGUUUGCAACAUUUAUCGGAAAUUCGGAAAGUAUUAUUCUGUGUUGAAAAUUCCGAAGAAAUGUUAGGUUGUCUUAAUAAAAUUGAAAACUUUCUUGCUGAAACACAUUUUAGCAGCACAACUAUGACAGGCACAUAUGCAAUACACCCAACAAACUUGUUGGUAACUUGUUGGACAUUGUUGAAUUACCCCCAGACUUUGUUGGACUUUAUUUCUGUUGGUAGAGCUUUAGACACUUUUGUGCUGCCAUCUAUACUCCAACAGCACAACUUUACGUUAGCGAAAUUUCACCCCUAUAAAAAAUGUCCAGCUUGA